AUUCAGAUCGGUCUUUUUUGCCUCUUGUGAAAUUGAACUAAUAACUGGACCACAAGAAAGAAACUCAGCAGAGAAAUGAAACUUCUCACAGCAGUCUUUUUCCUAGCUCUGAUUGCCAGCAUCCAACAUGCCAGCUGCCAGCUCUCUGAAGAAAGCUGCACGAACCUCUCCAAUCAGCUGCUCCGGCAGCUCAAAGCCCUGAGGAUUGCAUUUGCUGAAAUUAAGGAUUAUUUUCAAGCCAAAGAUGAUGAACUUGACAUCUUGUUGCUAAAGGAUGAUUUACUGGAAGAUUUCAAGGGCUAUUUGGGCUGCCAAUCCGUGUCAGACAUGAUCCGGUUUUACCUGGAGGAAGUCUUACCAAAAGCAAUCAACAGCAGCAAAGACGUCAAGCGGAGCGUGGGCACUAUUGGCAACAUGCUGCUGGACCUCAGGAAGACACUGAAGCGCUGUCACAGAUUCUUCAUCUGUGAGAAAAGGUACCAGACCUUAAAGCAGAUCAAGGAAACAUAUGAUAAGCUACAAGAGAAAGGGAUCUAUAAGGCAAUGGGAGAAUUUGACAUAUUCAUUAACUACAUUGAAGAAUACUUGAUGAUGAAGAUGAGAAAGUGAAACCCCCAAAAGUUCUGCAUUUUUCACAACAAGGAAACUGCUGUUUUACAAAAGUAACAUUAGACUCUGCAAACAUGAAACGUAGAACAACCUUAUGGUUUGGGACCAGAGUUACAGCCGAACAGUAUUCAUACUGUAUUUUAAAAAAAACCAUAUUGCACCUAUCAGGUGAAGUAUUUAUUACCUCCAAUACCUCAAUGUUUACAUUUACAGAUGACUUAUUUUUAAUAGGGAAAAGCAAUGUAAUUUUAAACUACUAUUUAUUGAUUGAUAUUUGUGCAUUGUAUGAUUGUGCUAUUUGUAUAUUUAGCCUGGAAAUACCAAAACUUAUAUUUCAGGAAAUACUCUUCAGGGAGUAGAUGAGUCAUACUCAUGCUCAUCCUUGGUGUAAUUCCACUGAAGUCAAGGUCUGUGUCAUCAAGAGUUAGCCCUUCUAGGCCCCAAAUCCAGCAAAGCUCUUAGACUCAUGUGCUUAAGAGCUUUGCUGAAGCAGGGCCUUACUCCUUGAUUAAUAAACCUCUGUAGGCAUGUAGUCUCUCUUCUGCAAUUCAGAAAGGGAACUAACUUAUUCUCUAAAAUCUGAGCUCACAUGCCUUAAAAUAGCCAAUUCAUCAUAGUGAAAAGAGCGGGCCUUUUCUUUCCUGGAAAGGCUUUUUUGGCGAGCUUUUACAGGAAAUAUGGGGAAGGACGAUUUACCUUCCAAACUUAAAUUCUCUAGGAAAACCCAGCAGAUGAUGAUGUAGCAAACAAGAGACUCUGAUUGACCAGACUUCCUGACCUCAGUUUAAAUCUUAGCUCACUGUU